ACGUACGCCGGCUCUCUUCCUUUUCACAGUAGUCUAAAUAAUACCCAAGUCUGGAACUUCUCGUGACGUUGUUGAUUACGUCACUGCCCCAUUUACGGUGCUGCAGCAGCUGUAUUGAUGGCGGGUAAUUUCUGGCAAAGCUCACACUAUUUACAAUGGAUUUUGGAUAAACAAGAUUUGUUGAAAGAACGCCAAAAGGACUUGAAAUUCCUGUCAGAAGAAGAGUACUGGAAAUUGCAGAUAUUUUUUACAAAUGUCAUCCAAGCAUUAGGAGAGCACCUUAAAUUAAGACAACAAGUUAUUGCCACUGCCACAGUUUACUUUAAACGAUUUUAUGCAAGAUAUUCAUUAAAAAGUAUAGAUCCAGUUUUAAUGGCACCUACAUGUGUGUUUUUGGCAUCUAAAGUAGAGGAGUUUGGUGUUGUGUCCAACACAAGGUUAAUAUCUGCUGCUACAUCUGUAUUAAAGACUAGGUUUUCCCAUGCGUUUCCAAAGGAGUUCCCUUAUAGGAUGAACCAUAUAUUGGAAUGUGAAUUCUACUUGUUAGAGUUGAUGGAUUGUUGCUUGAUAGUGUAUCAUCCUUAUCGACCCUUGCUCCAGUAUGUACAAGACAUGGGACAGGAGGAUAUGCUGCUUCCACUAGCAUGGAGAAUAGUAAAUGACACUUACAGAACAGAUCUUUGUCUGCUAUACCCUCCUUUUAUGAUUGCACUAGCUUGUCUUCAUGUUGCAUGUGUUGUUCAACAGAAGGAUGCAAGACAAUGGUUUGCUGAACUUUCAGUAGAUAUGGAAAAGAUCUUGGAAAUCAUAAGAGUUAUUCUGAAGCUUUAUGAACAGUGGAAGAACUUUGAUGAGAGGAAGGAAAUGGCUGCUAUCCUUAGCAAAAUGCCCAAACCCAAGCCUCCACCAAACAGUGAAGGGGAUCAGGGACCAAAUGGAAGCCAAAGCUCCAGUUAUAGCCAAUCAUGAUAUAGACCAAAUAUCCAGGACUGGACCAACUGCCUAAUCCCCACUUUCUGAAUUAAUAUCUGUACAGUGAAAGUCUAGAAGCGAGGCGUCUUCUGAAUUUAGGAUGAAUUUUCAAACCUUGUUUGCAGGGCUGAUUUGUAAAUGAAUGUUUGUGUGAAGUAUUGUCUAUUCCAUAUUUUAAAAGGAUUAUUAAAUUCUCAUGUCUUCAAAUUUCUAGAUUUUAACCACUUUUU